AUGCAAGCUGCUCAACUAUCCUGGGAGCUAGAGAAUGCUGUUACCCUGAUUGAUCCCCAACGAGACUCCCUCUACAGAUACGACGAGGAAACCCACAAAUACCUUAGUGAUACCCGUCCAUGGACCAAAGACCCUCACUAUUUUAAAUCAGUUCGGAUCUCCGCCGUCGCUCUCCUGAAAAUGGUCAUGCACGCCCGCUCCGGCGGUUCGCUCGAAGUCAUGGGUCUGAUGCAAGGCUAUAUCCUCCCCAACACAUUCGUCGUAACAGACGCCUUCCGCCUCCCCGUGGAGGGCACAGAGACUCGAGUUAACGCGCAAGACGAAGCAAACGAGUAUAUGGUCUCAUAUCUCCAGUCGUGUCGGGAAGCAGGGAGGAUGGAAAACGCAGUGGGGUGGUACCACAGUCACCCUGGCUACGGGUGCUGGCUUUCGGGCAUUGACGUUUCUACGCAGGAUAUGCAGCAAAUGAGCGGGCCAUUUGUUGCUGUUGUCAUUGAUCCCGAACGUACGAUCUCUGCGGGAAAGGUAGACAUCGGUGCGUUCAGGACGUUCCCUAAGGACUAUACCCCCCCCAAGGAGGAGCAAGAAGAAGACGAAUACCAGACCGUACCGCUUAACAAAGCCGAGGACUUUGGAGCACACGCUUCCCAUUACUACUCACUUGAGGUGUCACUUUUUAAAAGCGCCCUUGAUACUGAGAUUCUCUCCCUCCUCUGGAAUAAGUACUGGGUCGCCACGCUCAGCCAAAGCCCUCUAUUCACCACUCGCGACUACGGAAGUAAACAGAUGCUCGACCUCAGCCAGAAGACGCGUCGGGUAGCCCGCGGAAUUGAGAGCAACCCGCCUCGAGGAGGCGCCCCUACCCAGGUCAGAGAUCAGCAACUCGAGAGAGUAGUAAAGGACGGCCAGCGGAUUGUAUCGGAGGAAGUCAAGGGACUAUUAGCCGCCGAAGUCAAGAUGCAGCUGUUUCAGGGUAUCGGGGGAAAACAGACGGUAGAGUCUACUUAG